AUGCAAUCUGCUGAGGCAAACAGGAAGAAAAGUUUGAAGCGUUCAAGAUCGCUUCCUUGCAAAAUGCCUGCAACAGACACCAGUGUAGCAAACACUCUCGAAAAUUGCAUGUCUUUUCCUCUUGAAGAGAUAGUGCAACAUCCAUUGCCUGGUUAUGGAGCGCCAACUUCAAUUAGUUUCAGUUCUGACGAUAGUGUGAAUUGUUUUUUAGCCCCCCUUGAUGGUGGGCUCGAUGAGACUAAUUUAUCUGCGGAAGAGAAAUUGAGAAGGGAGAGGUCAAGGGAACGUGGGUUGGGGGUGACACGAUAUGAAUGGGUGAAGACAAGCUCAAAGAAGAAAAUAAUCAUGGUGCCUUUGCCUGCUGGGAUUUAUUUCCAGGAUCUUUCCUUACAGGCAGAGCUUAAGCUUCCAAGUGCAUCAUUCUCUCCAAUUAUUGAUCCACAUCUUUCACCAGAUGGUAGUAUGCUUGCUUACCUGAGAGAUAACGAGCUGCAUGUGUUAGACCUUUUGUCCAAUGUUUCAAGACAAUUAACCUCUGGUGCUGACAUAAAAGUUGUGGGUGUUGGUGACACUGGUGGUAAUUCCUAUGAGCUAGGUUCAAUGUAA